AUGUCUUCGGAUAAAAUGGAUGUCGACCCACGCGAGGGCGAAAUCGAUGAAUCAUUAUACUCGCGCCAGCUUUAUGUGCUUGGUGCUGAAGCCAUGAAGAAGAUGAGCGCAUCCAAUGUGCUUAUUGUUGGCCUUCUUGGUCUCGGUGUUGAGAUUGCCAAAAACGUGGCGCUUGCAGGUGUCAAGAGUAUCACUUUAUAUGAUCCCGCGCUUACCCAAAUCCAGGAUCUUUCGUCACAAUUCUUUUUAACCACAACAGAUAUCGGAAAACCUCGCGAUAAGGCCACAGCUAUCAAACUUUCUGAGCUUAAUCAGUAUGUGCCCAUUUCUGUGCUCGAGGGAGACCUCAGUGUUCUCGAGUCAGCAGAAACCCUUUCCAAAUUCCAAGUUGUUGUCGUUUCCAACUUGCCAAUUGAAAGCCAGUUUAAUAUUAACAAAUUUACACACGAGACUGGUCGUGGCUUUAUUUCCACUGAUACUCGCGGCUUGUUUGGAAAUGUUUUUGUCGAUUUUGGCGAAAAGUUUGUAGUCUCUGACAAGGAUGGCGAGGAGCCGCACUCUGGUAUUGUUUCUGACAUUGAUGAGAAGGGAAAUGUUGCAUGCCUCGACGACAACCGCCAUGGUCUCCAGGAUGGCGACUGGGUUCGCUUUUCGGAGGUUGAGGGCAUUGAGGCUCUGAAUGAUCCCCAGCAACACUACGAGGUCAAGGUGACUGGUCCCUUUGGUUUCAAUAUUGGUGAUGUCUCUGGUCUUGGAACUUAUGUCAAGGGUGGUAUUUACACACAAGUCAAGCGCCCUGUCGAGAUUUCUUUCCAAUCUCUGGAGCAGCAAAUUAAGACCCCAGAGUUUUUGAUUUCAGAUUUUGCCAAGUUUGACCGACCUAAUACUUUGCACGUUGCUUUCUUGGCUCUUCAAGGAUUCCAGAACAAGCAUGAGGGCAGACUCCCCCAUCCCCAUGACGAGGAAGAUGCUAAUGAACUGGUUGCUAUUGCAAGAACUGUCAAGGUGUCCCAAACCGACUUGGGCGAGUUUGAUCUGGAUGAGAAGCUGGUGAAGCAGCUUUCUUACCAAGCCCGUGGUGAUAUUCCUGCUGUGAAUGCAUUUUUCGGUGGUCUUGUUGCACAAGAGGUUUUGAAGGGUGUUUCUGGCAAGUUUGGGCCCAUCAAGCAGUGGAUGUACUUUGACUCUCUGGAGAGUUUGCCCAAGGAUGUGACAUUGACUAAGGAACUGGUUGCCCCCCAAGGCACCCGUUACGACAAUCAAAUUGCUGUUUUUGGCAAAGAGUUUGUUGAAAAGGUGCAGAAUCUGAAGGUGUUUUUGGUUGGUAGCGGAGCUAUUGGCUGUGAAAUGCUGAAGAACUGGGCCUUGAUGGGACUUGGUAGUGGGCCUAAUGGUAAGAUUAUUGUUACUGAUAAUGAUUCUAUUGAGAAGAGUAACUUGAAUCGUCAGUUUUUGUUUCGCCCGCGCGAUGUUGGUAAGCAAAAGUCCGAAGUUGCUGCAGCAGCUGUUGUCGCCAUGAACGGUGACUUGGCCAACCAUGUUGAUGCUAAGCAGGACAAGGUUGGAAGCGAGACUGAAAACAUUUUUGAUGAUGAUUUUUGGAAGCAGCUUGACUUUGUUACAAAUGCUCUUGAUAACGUUGAUGCCCGUACUUAUGUUGACCGCCGAUGCGUUUUCUUCAAGAAGCCACUUUUGGAAAGUGGUACACUUGGUACCAAGGGCAAUGUUCAAGUUGUUUACCCAUACUUGACUGAGUCCUACUCGUCCUCGCAAGACCCUCCAGAGAAGAGCAUUCCUUUGUGUACUCUUCGUUCAUUCCCUAAUAAGAUUGAUCAUACGAUUGCUUGGGCCAAGUCAUUGUUCCAAGGCUAUUUUACAGACAAUGCAGAGACUGUGAACUUGUACUUGUCUGACCCCAACUUUACUACCAAUGUUUUGGAGAAGAGCGGUGAUCAAAAGUCUAUGCUUGAGAUUCUUAAAGAGUAUCUUGUUGAUGAGCGACCUCUUACAUUUGAGGAGUGCAUUUCGUGGGCACGUCUUGAGUUUGAAAAGAAGUUUACAAAUGACAUUAAGCAAUUGCUUUAUAACUUCCCCAAAGAUGCAGUUACAUCUACUGGAUCUCCAUUCUGGUCUGGUCCUAAACGCGCCCCUAGUGCUGCUGUUUUCGAUAUUAACGACGAGAAUCAUUUUAACUUUAUUGUUGCUGCUGCCAAUCUCCGUGCUUUUAACUAUGGCCUGAAGGGUGGUGCUGAUAUUGAGACUUAUAAGCGGGUGAUUGCCAAGACCAAGGUUCCUGAGUUUAAGCCAGCUUCGAAUGUAAAGAUUCAGGUGGAGGAGAAUGAGUCAAACAAUGAGUCAACGAACAUUUAUGAUGACACUGAUGUUAUUGAGAAGUUGAAGCAGGAGCUUCCAUCACCUUCAUCACUUGCAGGCUUUAAGCUUGAUGUUGUUGAUUUUGAAAAGGAUGAUGACAGCAACCACCACAUUGACUUUAUUACUGCGGCUUCAAAUCUGCGUGCCAUUUGCUACCAAAUUGAGCCUGCUGACCGUCUUAAGACGAAAUUCAUUGCUGGCCGUAUUAUCCCUGCAAUUGCUACUACAACUGCUCUUGUGACUGGUCUUGUGUGCCUUGAGCUUUAUAAGAUUGUUGAUGGCGAGAAGAAGACCCUUGAGGACUUUAAGAAUGGGUUUGUGAAUUUGGCGCUUCCCUUUUUUGGAUUUUCUGAGCCUGUUGCAUCAUCCAAGUUCAAAUACAAGAUUAAUGCUGCUGGUGAUGAGAAGGCUGUAGACAAGAUUUGGAGUCGAUUUGACAUUUACGGUAACCCUACCUUGGGCGAUUUACUUGCCAAGUUCGAUAAGGAGGAAGGUUUGAAGAUUUCCAUGAUGUCUUCUGGGUCUACGCUGUUGUAUGCCAGCUUUUUGAUUGGCAAACACAAGCCGCGAUUGGCAAUGAAGAUGACAGAUGUUUUGGAGAAGGUCAGCGGCAAGCCACUUGGUAGUCAUGUCGAAACUCUUGUUUUUGAGAUUUGUGCUGAUGAUUACGAGGACAAUGAUGUUGAGGAUCUUCCAUUUAUUACACUUCAUCUUGAAUAA